AUGGCUGGAGUUUACUAUAUAUUAGGAAAAAUGUUGGUACUACAUGGGCCAGGUUAUUCAACUCUUCGCCCCAAAUGGUUUUCCUACAUUUUCGUUUCAUGUGACUUGAUUUCAUUGAUUGUGCAAGCGGUUGGUGGUGCUAUGGCAGCUGAUGCUGUAUCACAAGCGGACGAUACGGCUCCCGGAACCCACGUCAUGGUGGCAGGUAUUGCAUUCCAGGUCGUCUCUAUGUCUUUCUUCUUAUUGGUGUUUUUCGAGUUUGUGUUCAAGUUGUACUUCCGCUGCUCACCGGAUAUACGCUUUUCCUUCGGAACCUUGAUUGGCUUAUUUUUUGACACCAAAAGGGGUCGCCAAUUGCGUCCGGAAUUGGAUGCUCAUUACAUCCGUGGGUUCGAAAGCGUACGUCAACGCCAGGCGUUUAGCUACGUGCCUUUGGCCGUUUUUGCGUCCACGGUUUGCAUCUACAUCCGUUGUAUCUACCGUUUGGUUGAGUUGGCUGGAGGAUGGCGUGGAUAUGUCAUCACUCACGAAGCAUUUUUGAUGUCGCUCGACGCGUUGCAAGUUGCAUUUUCCUGUUUCAUUUUUAUAUUGUUCCACCCAUAUGUUAUGUGGGGCCCAAGAUCACAACUCCAUGCGCUACAAAAGGAAGUGAGCGAACUGGAGAAAUACAAGGAAGAGGCUGUCAACGGCGACCUCGAGGAAGGCGACGGAGUCGAAAGUACCAUUUCUGGUGGCAGCCUGUGGCACUAA